CUUCUCCCUCUACCAUCUCCUUCCUCUGCAGGCAUUCUACGCAAGGCGGAUGGUGGUUCAAGUGAUAUUUGGACUUGUUGCAGCUGUGCCAUCCAAGUACUAUGUUCACAUAGGCCUCACAACUGUUGCUCUCGUUGUUCUCUACGCCUUCUCCCAGGGCCGCACAACCAACCGUGAACGGGAUCUCCAUGCGCGGGUCAUCAUCCUUACAGGAGGCUUCACGCCGGUGGGCCUCGUGCUGCUCAAUGCCCUAGCUUCGCGCGGCGCGCACAUCAUCGCGCUCUCGCCGUACGCUCUCGACCACCCCUAUCCCUCCGUCCUGAUCCCCCUCCUCCGCGCAACUACCAACAACGAGCACAUCUACGCCGAGCAUGCAGACCUCGCCGAUCCCAAGUCCAUCCGCGACUUCUCCACCAAGUUCCUGACGGGCCAGGACACACGUCUCGACGGCUUCGUCUUCGCGCAUGAGUACCAUACCAUCGGGUCGUUCUUCCGGCGUGGGCAAAAUGGGGAGUACGCACAGAGGCGAGAGACGGCGUCGCUUGCGACGUUUCUCAUUAUCACCCUCCUGCUGCCCGCGCUCCUGGUCGAGCCCGCCGAGCGCGACAUUCGUAUCGUCAGCGUGGUCAAUCCGUUCUAUGCGGCAGCAGCUCCCGCCUUCGCGGCGCAACUGUCUGGUGUGUCCAAGUCUUCAGGGUCAUCACCACUCCUUCUAUCCGAAGGGCAGCGCGCCCUGCGGACGGCGAUCCUCACCCGCCACUUGCAACGCGUCCUCGACUCACUGCCUAACCAGUCGCCGGACGCACAGAAAGCUAACGCAGGCCCAGGCGCUCAAAUGCCCCCCGAGAAACUAACCCCACAGCCUUCCAACAUCCUCACUGUGUCUGCCUGCCCAGGCAUCAGCCGUAAGGACACCAUCGCGCCACUACUUGGCGCCGACAGAGACUCCCCUGAGGGAUUCACCAUGCUCGGCUUCCUCAUCUAUCUACUCCUUUUCCCGUUUCUCCUCGUCUUCGCCAAGUCCCCAACCUCGUCGCUUCAGACGAUCCUGCACGUCCUCUUCCUGCCCUCGCCCCUCAAGCGUGCCCAUGCCGUCCUCAACGCCUCGUUGAACCCCGACGCGCAAGACAAGCAGAAGGAGCAGGAACCAGCACAGGACAGCGAGGAGGUCCCGCGCCCUGUCAUGAUUAUCAACGAAGAGGUACUCAAGCCGGGCGCACUGUACCGCGAGUGUGCGGUCGUCCAGCAGAAUGUGCCCGGCCUACCUGAGGAGAGCAAGAGCGAGAAAACGGAGGCGACAGAGAAGGGCAAGGAGAAGGCCCAGCCUAUGGAAACGGUGCUUCCCGAUGACGGCGAGCUGGGCGGGGAAGCAGUGGGGCGAGUGGUGUGGGAGUGGUACGAGGUGCAGCUGAAGGCGUGGGAGGACAAGGCCGGAGUCAAGGAGGCCGUUGUCGCCGAGGCAGAGGGUGGUCAGUCCGCAGCUAGUGUCGCAUCCACAUCAUGAGUUGGCGGUGGCUGUAGAGCUCCGUGGGUGGGUCAUGUAUCUGCUGUAACAGCUAUUUUUGCAGUCCGUCGCAUCCUGCGAACUGCGCAAUACAACAUGAACUUCAGCGAUCCAUUUACAAGAUGUCUCCUGCCGUUUCUUGGUCCUUGACUUAUGAGUAC